AAGUUUCUGAGAGUAGUUUAUUUCAGAUUUAUGGUUCCUUAUGCUAUCUGAAUGAACAGGUUCGGAUACGAAAAUGAUCUCCACAUCGGAAAAUUUGCCGAGGCAGAGUUAGCACUGUGCAGAAUCAUUGAAAAUAUAGAUACUAAUUCUAUCCCGGCACGUGAUCUUGCUCUGCUGUAUAAUGACAGGGGUCAAGCUAGGUAUCAACAGGUCAAGUUCUAUGAAGCUAGGGAAGAUUAUGAUCUAGGAAUCAGAUUAUAUCCCGGAGAAGGUUCUAUUCACUACAACAGGUCAACUAUACUCUACAGGAUGGGGGACUAUACAGAGGCUUUGUCAGGGUUCAAGAAAGCCGUAGAGUUGGCUCCUGAGAAUGCAGAGUUUAAAGCAGGCCUCGAUUCAUGUCUUGACUUUUUAGAAAAACACUCUGCAAAGUGAAGACGGAAAUUUAAAGUUUAGAU